AUGGAGCAAACAGCAGGCUUGCUUUUAGCUUUUCUCCUGGUUGCAAUGGUCAGUGGGGCCACCAUCCAAAGCAUCACUUGGUGUGCAGUUUCUGAGAUAGAGGAGCAGAAGUGUCUGGAUCUGGCCGGCAACAUCACGUUACGGAACGUCCGUGGGAAACUGCAGUGUGUGAGAGGUCAGAGUGCGACGGACUGCAUGCAAAGGAUUAAGAAUGGCACGGCCGACGCUGCCUCCAUGUAUCCUGACGAGAUCUACACUGCUGGUAUUUGUUACGGGUUAGAUGUCGCUGUAGGAGAAUCGCACAACGGAAUCGAUGGCAUUAAUUACUAUGUGGUGGCACUGGCGCGCAGGUCCUCGGGCGACCUGUCCCUGCUGGAGAUGCACGAGCGAAGUUCCUGCCACCCGGGAAUCCGCACAACCGUAGGCUGGACGGUGCCCAUUGGCUUCCUGGUCAACACGUCGCAGAUCAGCGUGGACGAGCAGUGCAAUUUCCCACAUGCGGUGGGAGAUUUCUUUGGAUAUAGCUGUGUCCCAGGGGCAAAAGACCCGGAGCAUGAUCCCAAAGGCAACAAUCCCAGAAACCUUUGUGAGGCCUGCAUAGGUGAUGAGAACGACCGGCACAUUUGCGCCAACAACCCGCGGGAACGGCACUACGGGGAGGCAGGAGCUCUCAGGUGUGUAGCGGAGAACCUUGGAGAUGUGGCUUUUGUGAAACACACUACUGUCUUUGACAACCUCAAUGGUAAGAACCAGGAGUCAUGGGCUCUGGAUAUAGAGAUGGAAGACCUGAAGCUACUGUGCCCAGAUGGAGGUGAAGCACCUCCCUCGGAACAUGCGCGAUGCCACCUGGCCGCGGUGCCCGCCAACGCUGUGGUGGUGCGCCUGGAGGAUAAAUGCCGCGUUUACAAGUUCCUGGAACGUGUUCAGAAUGUGUUUGCCAAUGCCACGCAGGGAUUCUCACUCUUCAGCUCGGUGAAGUAUGGACAGCCUGAUGUUAUGUUCAGCGACUCGACUCUGAAGCUGAUGAGGGUGAUGGGGACUUACCAGUCCUGGCUGGGACACAGUUACACCACCAUGCUUCAGGCGUUCGAGUGUGAAGGCUUGUGCUGAUGGGAUUAGUACUCUCUCUCUUUUUCUCUCUCUCUCUCUUUCUUCCUCUUUCCCACCCUCUCCCUCCUCCCUCUUUCAGAAAUUCCCAUCCCUAUACACUUUGCCAAGUUCUCAUUCCCAAGCCUCCUGAUUUUUUCCCCCUCCUCUCCCCAUUCCUUCAUUGGUAACUUGCCGUCCACAUCCCGCUACAUACUGUACGCUAUCCGAUCUGCGAUCUUACAGAGGACGAAGGCCUACGAGGUUGCUUCAUGCUGUGAAGGGAUUCAUUCUACUGAGCCUAUACUGUGCUAAAUCAUCAUGGGUUAAUGUCCCCUUAGUGGAGUCAUUGCCUUUAUUUUCCAUGGCUUCGUAGAAUUUAAUUACAUAUUAAUCUACAGAAAAAAAACAAAACAGAUGAUUCUGGAGCCAUUAGUCUAGCAAGCCACCCUUAGCCCAGGUUGUUUGUAUAACAGCAACAGCUGAAAAGAGCUCAGAUUUUUG